AUGGGGCAGGACCACCAGUUGACUUCUGCCUCACGUUUCGGUCGAAGGGUAGUCGCAGCUAGCCUGUUCUUCAAAGUCUGCGUGCCCCCGGCUUUGCUCCGUGAGGACUUGGCCAAGGAAUGCGGGUGUGGCUAUGGUGCUGGGGAGGCCAUGGGGCCAUGGGCAGCGAGAUUGUCAGAAGCAGAGGAGCAGCGUGUGGAGAUUGACCAAUCCAAGAAGGCAAAAGGUCGAGGUGGUGCUUCGGGUGGGGCAUUGCCGGAAGAGGAGGACGAGUUCUUCGUACCCCCACCACCGGCUCCCGCCCUGGAGCCGAAGCCGAAGGCCUCGGCCCCGAAGCCCAAGGAGGCGCCGAAGCCGGCGCCGGCACCGGCGGCGCCGCCGGCCGCCAGGACUGAGCCGAAGCUCAGCUUGGAGGGCAUCCUUGCCGAUUUGGAGGGCGCAGAGACUUCCGCCUGGGGUUCUGCUUUCGCGAGCCUCGCGAAGGGCCAGGAGGCCCUUCAACCCGACCACAACCAGUUGCGGAGCUUCAUUGAGACUAACAGUGCGGUGUCAGACAUCGAUACGGAGCUCCUGAAGAUCGCAUCUACCAACGAGGCCUUCGCCAUCGAUCGCGAUGCUUUUGUGAUGUUGCUGCGCAUGAACCCAGUGAAUGAGUCCGAGGCGCUGGAGUCCUUCUUGCGGCUGUCCGGGGGCGGUGAUAACAUCAGCUCCGAGGACUGCCGAACUGGCCUCUUCCAGCUGUUGCAAAACGUAGGCGCGUCCAUUCCUGUUCUGUGCUGA